GGCAUGCGCAGUGCGGACGGAGGCAGGGCGCCGUUCGGGGCCUGGAGGCUGCAGCCGAGGAGGAGGAGGAGGAGGAGGAAAAGAAGAAGGAGGAAGAAGAAGAAGUCGAGGCUCAGCAGCCGGUGAUCGCUGCAACCGGGACAUUCCCCAGACCCUCCUGCGACUUUCGAUUUAAUCUUUCUCGGAUCUGUGCAAGGAGGAAUCAAGAAUCUCCCCUCCCCCUCCCCCCCCGCCCGCAUUGUCCUCCUCCCCAGGGAGCAACGUUGAGAUAACUGGCGUCCCAUCUCAUCACCAAGCCUAAGAGCCUCCCUUCUGUGGAAUUCACUGGUCUCGAAACAGAAGGUACAGUAGAUGCCAAAGUACUAUGAGUCUUAAAACCAUUUGGAGAGACUACAAAGUUCUGAUUGUUAUGGUGCCUUCUAUUGGGCUGAUACAUUUAGGGUGGCAUAGCAUCAAGAACAGUCCAAUUUUUCAAAUACCAAACAAGGACACGAUUCCGGAACCUGCGAUUGUGACCCAUGUGAUGCAGCAGGAAGCUUCAAAAAAAGGAAAGUAGAAAAACGGGCAACAUCAUAAAGAUAGAAUUUUGAUUCUUUUGCAUCAAAAGAAAUGAGGAAAAGCAGUUGGUUAAGAAGAAACUGGCUCCUUGUGGCUGGGUUAUCUUUCAUAGGGGUCCAUCUUGGUACAUAUAUUAUACAGAUAACAGCCAAAAAUUCUGCUAAAUCUGUGUUAGAAACUAAAAAAAAGAGCAUUCAAGAAUGAAGCGAUCCAAUUCUCUAAGUCGCCCAUAGUAAGAUGUGCCAGGCUUUUCAAAACCUGAACCUGUCUAACCGCAUGGGUCCGUGAUGCCAUAUUGUAAUUUGGGUUCCUGAAAAGUGACUGUAUUUAAGAACUUGUGUUACAAUGCAAUAAAUCCAAGAGUUCGAUGAACAAAAUAAAAAUUGUGUCUUUACAACUUGUAGAUUGAAAUAAGAUGUCUCGCCUAGAAGCAAAAAAGCCUUCAUUGUGCACCAGCGUACAGCUCACUAAAGACGUGGUUAGUCAGUCUCUGGCUGUACUAAGAGGAAUUGUAGCAUCUUGUUAUGGCCCCUGUGGGCGACUGAAGCAACUUCACAAUGGCGUUGGAGGGUGUGUCUGUACAACUUCUCAGUCCUCUGCCAUACUGGGUAGUCUUUCUGUCACCCACCCGGUACUAAAGAUCCUCACCGCCUCGGUGCAGAAUCAUUUAACCCGCUUCAGUGACUGUGGCUUAUUUACAGCCAUUCUUUGCUGCAACCUGAUUGAGCGUUGUCAGAAAGUAAACUUAGCUCCCCGAACUGUCACUGAAGCAAAUAAACAUCUUUUGAGCCUCUGCGUGGAGUACCUCAGAUCUGAGGUCUGUGCCUGCCGAAUCCCGGUAGACUUUAGCAGAACGAGAACUCUGCUUCAGUUGGUGCGUAGUAUAUUAACAAGUAAGCCGGCCUGCAUGCUGACCGUAAGAGAAGUAGAUCAUAUCGGGGCGUUGAUUCUGAGAGCCUUUUUGCUUACUGUUCCGCAAAACGCUGAAGGUCGUGCUAUCUUGGGGAAGAGUAUAAUUGUACCUUUAAAGGGUCACAGAGUUAUGGAUUCUACUGUAUUACCUGGACUGCUUAUUGAAAUGCCAGAAUUUCUGUCGAUGAAGACGCUUCCUGACAGAACGUUACCCGGGCGUACCCAUACGAUGGCACUCUUCUGUGUUUCCAUGGCCGGAGACCUUUCUGAUGUUGGAGAAGGAACUGUGGUGAUCAGUUGUGAUGUUUCCCUGGAAACUGCAGCCCUGGAUCAAUUGCUUAUCUUAGGGAAACAGCUGAUCGAUGACCAAGUAGAUCUCGUGGUGUGCCAGAAAGUUAUCCACCCGUCUUUGAAACAGUACCUCAAUCAGCAUCGUGUCAUUGCCGUAGACAGAGUUGGACUGGCUUUGAUGGAGCCAUUGGCUCAAAUGACAGGUGCACAGCCUAUCGGCUCCCUAGAUUCUGUGUCUCCUACUGGUUAUGGAAAUGUGAAGGAUCUCUGCUUUGCAAAUUUUGGUUCCAAACACUUCUUGCAUCUAAUUCCAAAUGAUGACACUGUCUGCAGUUUGAUACUCUGCAAUAGAAAUGAAACUGCGUGGGAGGAGCUGAAGCUCGCUUGUCAGACGGCACAACAUGUCUUACAACUAACUAUCAAGCAGCCUUUGGCUUUGUUAGGAGGUGGCUGUACUGAAACUCACUUGGCCACCUUUAUAAGGCAUAAGAGCCGCAGUGUGCCUGACAGCAUUCUCGAAGUCAGUGGCUGUUCUCGGACAGAAUAUCAGUUAGUUGCCGAUGCUUUUUGCAGUUCCCUGGAGUCUGUCGCUCGUGCUCUGGAGCACGAUGAGGGUGAAAUUCUCACCGACGUAGAGUAUGGACACUGUUGGUCUGUUCAACCGGGUUCUCCAACUAAUGUCGAUUGGGCAGAGUUGGUUUCCAGAUGUGGUUGUGGAAUAUACAGUAACCGGGAAAAACUCAACUGGCGCAACUUACGUAGUCCUUCUCAUCCUCUCAUACCUCCACCAGACUGUCAUAGCCAGCAGGCUUUAGACUCCGUCGACCAACUGACUUUGGACUGCUUUGUUGCAAAGCUUAGUGGUCUUCAAGUCGCUGUGGAAACAGCCAGUCUGAUUUUGGAUCUUGCCUAUGUCAUUGAAGAUAAAAAUUGAUAUUUAUUUCUGAAUUUUUUAAAUUAAAAAAUAUCGGUUAUACUUAGUCACACCUAACAGCCUAAUUUUGCAUUCCUUUUUAUGUAGAGACUACAUGAACUUAAAGUUCUGUCUAUUUCCCAGCACUUAAUACGAUGCCUGCAUACAGGAGGUUCUCAGUAAAAACCAUUGAUUGAUUUAUCAGGAACAGAAGAUUGGGCCUUAGGUGGGUAGAAGUGUCAACUAGAACAGACUAUGAAUAUCUGACAAUUCUUGUUAAAUGUGGUUUAGGAACCAUAUGCUUUGUUUUCGAUCUGCACAGAUGUAACUUGAAUUUGUUUAUUGGGGGGAUUUAUUUUUCUAAGAGCGUGAAAUAGUAGAGGAAAGGUUUGUUUCACCGUAUGCUGUGGGGAUAUUUUCUGUUCAUCAGAAAUUAUUAAAGCAUUUAAAGUAUAAAUUUGCAUUCAGAAUUACCCCAAGCCCCUAUUAAAGGCUGUUCAAUUUAAACAGUAUUCAACUUCUUCACAUAAGGAAAAAAAUGAGGUACCACAGCUGUGUCUGUGACCAGCACCAGGACCAGAUCUUUCCCCAUCCCUUCCCCCAACUUAGGUAUUUCUUCAUGGUUAGACUGGCUUUUUGGAAAAUCUGUCAAAUGGGUGGACAAGGAGAAAAGAGUAGCUUGUGUAGCAGCAAAAAGUGAGAGGCUCUGAAUAAAGACAAAAAAAAAAAAGACUUGGAAUUUGGAGACAGAGAAGGAAAAGUGACUGUGGGAGACUGGCAUAGAAACAGAAAGGAUAUUGAGAUAGGGUUUUCCAAAAGGACUUCAUAAGAAAGCGUGGAAAAAGAAGGUACAAAAAUAGAGAUGACUAUAAAAUGGUAGGGAAGCUUAAUUCUGGUUCACUCAGCAGGAAAAGGAGCUCUAAUUACGGGCUUGUUCUUGAAGCAGAAGCACUGAUGUUUCACAAAGAAUUUUAAGCAAGAGGAGUUGGACUGCUCAGUGAUUGCUAGAUGGACUAAAUGAUAUGGUGGGCUUCAGCUGACUAGCAGUCAGGAGAAAUCCUCAGUUCCAGUUGCUGGGUUAAACUCGAAAGACACAUUUUUGUAACUGUGGAAAUUGACAGUUUGACUAAAGAUGAUGAAACCAGGCUGAAAUUCAAGAUGCUUUUUUCCAAAACUUUAAUGAACCCAGGAGGAAAUUUUGGCUCCAGGCUCCAGAUAUUCACCUGCAGCAAUGCAUCUUGUCAUCCCAUGCCUCCCUUACUGUCAAAUGAGAAAUUGACCAAGCCCUAGAGGUUUCCUGAAAAUCGUUCCAGAGCUGUACCUGUGUACUCUCAGAAUCCAAAAGGGGGUUGGAUGUAUACUAUAUACAUAUUUUAUAUAUAAAAUAUAUUCUAUAUUUUAAAAUGGUUUUUAAAUAAUUUGUCGAGUGGAAAAGUUGUGGAACGAAAGAACUGCCCCCAAAACCAAUUUUUGUUCUCAAUUGGGCACCUUCUCAUUGUAAUGAGGAUUAACUACAAGGUGAAAACAAAAAUGUGGCAACUCUCAAACACCCUAUAGGUCAGGGUAUUUUAUAGAUACUAAGGAGAAAGUAUUGGUGUCAUUUGUUACAGUCAAUUCUAGAAGUCUAUGAAAACAGAGAAACACUAUUUGAAUGCAGGAGAAAAUCAGCCUUAAAGAUGUUGUGAUGAAACUGGGGCGGGAAUUCCAUUUGCCACUACUGCACAUCCCUUUCAAAAAGGAUUCUGGAAGAAUCCAUCACAGAAGAAGUAAGCAAAGGGAUGAAAUGAUAAUCAGUGGUAUUUAUGAAGUGUUUACUGUGUGCAGAGCACAGUACUAAGUGCUUGCGAGAGCACAGUACCACGGAGUUAGUAGCGCGUCCUCUGACCGCAUUGAACUUUCGAUCUCGAGGGUGUGUACCAUUCUGGUAUCUAAAGAUGGAAACCCUAAAGCCAGGGAAAAUACACUUUUAAAAUGAAAACACAAAAUCUUUCUAUACUUUGUUAAUUGCUCUCCUUAGGGAUGCUUUCCCCGUUAGCACUUCACCCUGUUUCACUGAACUCAUCAGUGCCCUUGUUAGCUUAGGCAAUCAAAAUUCUAUGCCCUUCUAAGGGCCCGAGAAAUAUGAAGAUGGAAGAACAUUGACUGCCGUUCUCCUCAUUGGGCACACCAGAAGGACUAUCAGGAGCUGUGGAAGGAAAGCAGGUGCCCUUCACCAUCUUCUUCAUUCUUCCCCGUGCCUAGGCUUUUGUCUACUUGGAGCAGAGAAUCAGCCUCCAGGAAGCCAACCUUGCCACCCACAUUUCUCCACUCAAGCCCGCAUCUCCAAUUUUCUUGAGGGGGACCUGAAUAGCCAGCAGUAUACUCCCGAAACAUAAUCAGGCUGGAGCCCAUGCCUGCUAACCCAGAUAUAUCCGUUUAUUGUUAUAAUGUACUCUCCCAAGCGCUUAGUACAUUGCUUUGCACACAGUAAGCGCUCAGUAAAUACGAUGGAAUGCAUGAAACUAAACCCACAUCUUCCUCACUCUGGGUGUGCAGGGCCUCAGUGUAGAUUCCCCAACUCCCAGCUCAGUGGGUAAAAGCAUUCUUUCACCUCAUAGUAGCCUGCAAAGUGAGUGAGUGCUUUGACUGGGGACAUCUUUACGUCGUUUUGAUUGAAUCGGGAAAUAAAUCUAACUUAAAUGAUGGAAAUCUUGGUUCUUUGGGCAAAUGAAGCCGGUAGGCUGGAUAUUUAAAGUUAUUAGUGUUUAAAAGAUUUUUGUUGGACAUGUUUAAGAAGUUGUUUUGGCAUUCUAUACCAUAAGUUAACUCAGUUAUUCUUGUGACUGAAUCUGUCUUCCUAUCUGGGAUUUUAUAAUGUUCUUUUUCUGUUUUUUGGAUUAUAGGCAAGAAUGUAAGUAUUAGGACUCUGUGUAACUAUUUCAAAACAUGUAAUUAAACCUAGGACAUUUGGUGGUAUGUUUUUUGCCCCAGAA